UCCUCUCUGCUCUCUCCGAGCAAUCACCGAUGGAUUACAGCGACACCGACGAUUCGCUGCGCCGGCGGUCCAGGAAAAUCGCUAUUCUCGGCGAAUCUGCUCGCAGGCAAUUUGAGUCGCCAAGGGAACGUUCCUAUGGAUUUAUGGGAGAUAUGGAGGAAGAUAUUCGGCUAGAGGCGACACGAUCUAGAUUGUUGAAUAUUUUCAAGAAGCAUGGGGAUUUAGCCGAGCGCAUGUCUAGGGAUUCUGACAAGACAAUUUACGAGCGUCUACAUAAGGAAUUUGAAGCUGCACGGGCUUCACAAACUCAAGAGAUUUAUUUAGAAGGUGAGCAAUGGAAUGAUGGACUGCUAGCCACAAUCAGAGAACGGGUUCACAUGGAGGUAGAAAGAAAGGCGAUGGCAAGAGAUGUAGGCAUGUUGCACAGUCCUCAUCUCCAAGAGAGAAUCACUUACAGAGUUGGGGAUAAGGUUAUUUGUUGUUUGGAAGGCGCCAGAAUUGGCAUACUGUAUGAGACAUCUUAUGCAGGAGAACCCUGUGACAUAUACCAUUUAGUACUUGAGAGCAAGUCAUUUCUAGAGAAGAUGACCGUUCUUGAACACACUAUUCCAUUUUUUUUGCCACUAACUGAAGCAGAAAAUGAUCUUCUUUCCUCCAAUGCUAUGAAAUUUAUCGAUUAUGUUGGAGAGCUUUUGCAGGCUUAUGUGGACAGAAAGGAACAGGUUCGGCUCAUCAAGGAGUUAUAUGGGAACCAAAUUAAAGAACUUCAUUGUAGCAUGACCUACCAUUUGAUUUUGUUUGCAAUUUUUGAUUGUGGCUGCCAGGUAAUGGUAAAGCUUAAAUAUGCAGAUCUUGUUUCAGUGCUUCCAACUAAUGUCAGUGUGGUAGCAUGGCCCAUUCAAAUCCGGAGAUUCAGUCUAAAUACAUCAACCAUGAAUAUACUGGAAGGUCCAACUUGUCUUCUGUAUGCAGAGGAUGCCUUAAGAACUAUGAGCUUACCUGCAGCAUAUGCGGAGAUUGUGCUGAAUUUGCCACAAGCUCUUAGGGAAAUGCACGAGGAGUCCCCAUAAUAUCACACCAGUGAACGCAUCUGGAUUUGUACAAAGCCAUAGCAAAAAUUGGUUUCGGGAAAAAGGAUAGCUCUAGUUGUUUAGCUAUAGGCUAAAA